AUGCAAUUGUAUUUCAGUUCGGCAAAGCACACGGUCGUCCACGAUGAAUACCUUCUGAAGAUCCCAUGGAAAGAUGACGGUACUCCAUGUCUCGCUCUUGUUCUCUCACCGUGGUACACCCGGGGCUGGACGGCCGUGGAUUUGGCGGCGUCUAACAGUGUUAAAGUAUUGUUCGGAAACCCAGAUGAUAAAAAAGGUCCGCCUGUCAUCAAGGAUCUGGAAACAGAAGUUCUUGCCACCCUUCCCCGCUGCAGCUUGGGGCAUUUCACGGCUUCCUUCAUCAUCCGGGACCUUUGGGGCAUAAUCAAAGACCAUCGCAAGCUCUCGAAUCUGGUGCGAACCUUGGGGACACGGAGCAAUUCUUGGUCAAGGGAUCGCGUCUUAGUCGCCGCGCACUUGGCCGGGAUCACGCCCGACGUGGAUGCAGCAGACAUGCAAACACGAGUGCUGAGACAGAUCAUAUGCUCCUAUGGAGAGAUUGAUUCAUCUAUUCUGCUUCAUGGAAGCCCAACAAUAGAAGAAGAUGGCCCCCUUUCGUGGUGUCCAACGAACCUCCUCGGCGUAAGGCCCAUGAGCCUCUCAAGGGGCUUCGUCAUCGGUGGCUCAGAGUUAUCAAUGAAUAUCGAUCAGCACACCGGGGCGCUUUGGGGGAUGUUUUAUGCUUGCGACGCUACACGAUCCAACCGAGACACACUGGUCUUUAUAUCGAUGCAUCCGUCCGUCCAUCGGAGGAUGAAGUCUGCUUUCCUCCGCGCUCGGAACCUUUUGCUCCUUUCGGGCGACAGCUUUAAACACUGCCUGAUAGUGCGCGCCAUGGGACUUCGGAAAGGACCACCAGUGCGUAUUGAGUGUGAUUGGGUUGGAGCAGCCCUGUGCGACGGUUCAGUUAACUUUGGAUCCAGCAGUUACCCUGAAAGUGUUCUUGUCUACAUUGGCUCCCAGAUCUCUGCCGCCAAUGCCGUCCACACUGCGAAGGAACUGCUGGAACAGUACUUCCACGAAAAGAAGGCCCUAGCAGCCAGGAAUUGGGAAGCGAUUUUGGAAAAGCUUGAAAGAAACCGAAAGAUACGUGCAAAGGGGUCUGCACGUAGCUAG